AUGCCAAGCGCCCUCCGCACCUUCACCCUCAACUUCGUCGGCGACGUCAUGCUCGGCCGCCUCGUCGACCAACUCUGGCCCCAGCACGUCGACAACGCCCACGAACGGCGCGUCAUCUCCUACUUCAUCGAGCGCUACCCCUACCUGAGCAACUACACCCACCGCGACCCCUGGGGCUCCGCGCUGCCCCUCUUCCACGACGCCGACCUCAACCUCAUCAACCUCGAGACCUCGGCAACAACCACCAACGACCCCUGGCCCAGCAAGGCGUUCAAUUACCGCAUGCACCCGUCGAACGCAGCCGCACUGCGCGAAGCCCGCGUCGACUACGCCAGUCUCGCGAACAACCACACCCUGGAUUUCGGCACGGAGGGACUAGUCGACACGGUGUGGACGAUGAAGGAGUUCAAGAUUGCGUUUGCGGGGGUGGGCGAGACCACAGACGAGAGCCGGCGGCCGGCGGUGCUGCGCCUGCCGCGUGGCGCGGCCGAUCCCCAUCAUCACCACCAGCAUGGACAGGCGCAGGACGAACGACCGGGCCGAUCAUACCAAGUCCACGUCUACUCGGCCUCGGACCACCCCCGCGACUGGGCCGUCGUGCCCAACUUCCACCUCAUCGACUACUCGGCACGAACAAGAGACCACCUGAGGACCCUACUAACCUCCAACGACAAGCCCGAGAAACCCGCCCUCAAGAUCUUCUCCGUCCACUGGGGACCAAACUACACGUGGCAGCCCGCCGAGAAGAUUCGCUCGCUGGCGCAUUUUCUGAUCGACGAGUGCGGCGUGGACAUUGUGCAUGGCCACUCCUCGCACCAUGUGCAGGGUGUCGAGCGGUACCAUCGGAAACUUAUCAUCUACGGGUGUGGAGACUUCGUGGAUGAUUAUGCGUUGAACGAGGACUAUCGGAAUGACCUUGGGGCGGUGUGGAGGGUUUGUGUGAGGGAGGAGCAGGAUGAUGAUAAGGCCGACGUAGAGAGUUUCGGGUUAGUGUUGGAUCGAUUGGAGAUCUUCCCGACCCGUUGUGAUCGGUUCCAGGCGACUUUGUUGGAUCCGGAUGAUGAUGAUCAUCUUUGGGUGAAGAGGAAGAUUACCAGGUUGAGUGAGGAUAUGGGGACCAAGGUGCGUAGGGAUCUAGGGGGGGAGCAUCAGGUCGUGGUGGACCUGGGAGAUUGA